AUGGCAGGGAUCGAGAUCUCUGUCCCUCCGGAGCAGUUCACCAAAAGCAAAGAACCAGGGUUGAUAACAGAAAAAGCCCUGGAGGAGGAAGAAGAAGGGGUGUGCAGAGCGAGGGAACACCCAAGCUCUGAAGAGUUAGAGGCCGAGAGCACCCACGGGGCCCUCCAGGCCAAGCUCCCAGGGGACGAGCUGGAGCUCCUGCUGGCCAUCCCUGAGGAGGGCGAGAAGCACAUCCUGACCCUGCAGAUGGUGCACUUGACCUCCGAAGAUGCAGAGCUGCAGGACCUGGCACCACAGCACCAGGAAGAGGUGCAGGGGAUGGUGCAGCAGGCUGGUAGUGGGCUGCAGUCACUGGUGUGCCUUGGGGAGGAGUCCCAGCAGAGCCCGCAUCAGUGUGUCACCAUUAGCAUCCAGGAGGAGGUGUACCUGCUGCAGGAGGUGGAGGUGAUGCAGUUUCAUGUUCUGGAGGAGAAUGUGACCGGGGCCAGUGAAGGCAGUAAGUGUGCAGUGAGCCUGGCAGAAAGCUCUGGAUCUAGAAAGCUUGAGAAAGGUCAGGAAGAGGAACGGCUGCUGGCUGAAGGUGGAUCCAGUGAAGAAACAGAAGGGCAGUUUCUUCUUCUGGAAGUGAGACCAGGAGAUGAAGGAAGAGUUGAAAUUGUUCUGACAAUUUCACCCUUAAAUAUUGAGAAACCUGCGCUGGGUCAAGCGCAUGUUGAAGAAGCCAACGCUACAGAAAGUCAAAAAAAGACCAAGGAAGGAAAACGAACCUUCCACUGUGACAUCUGCACGUUCACCUCUUCUAGAAUUUCGAGUUUGAAUCGUCAUCUGAAAACUCACACCAAUGAAAAGCCUUAUACGUGUCACCUUUGCCUGAAAGCUUUCCGUACUGUUACUGUCCUUCGGAAUCAUAUCAACACCCAUACAGGAACCAGGCCCUACAAGUGUGGUGACUGUGACAUGGCAUUUGUCACCAGUGGAGAACGUGCCCGACACAGACGUUAUAAACACACUCACGAGAAGCCCUUUAAAUGUUCCAUGUGCAAGUACGCUAGCGUAGAGGCAAGUAAGUUGAAGCGCCACAUCCGUUCGCACACGGGCGAGCGCCCCUUUCAGUGCCAUCUCUGCAGCUACGCCGGCAAAGACGCCUGCAAGGUGAAACGGCACAUGAGGACGCAUUCCGAAGCAACUUCUAAACGUGCACUUCAAGAAAUACCAUGA